AGUGAUGACUGUGCUACACCAAAAAGAACCCCCUGAACUGACUUGCUUAUAUCACCCCCCUGUCAAAAAGGAGAGCACCUGUACAAACAAUCCUACGUACUGACCUCCAACAUCUUGCCUCUCUCCUUGAGACUCAUCUCAUAAAAUAUUUUUACAUUUUUAAUCACUUGUAACAUGUGGUCAGCCACCAUGUAAAGAUGAAUGAAACAUUCAAUGUACUGAGUGAUUUGUGAUGAGUCAUAACCUUCAUUAUGGGGGGGGGGGUGUAUUUAGACCUCCCAGCAUGCAGAGGGUGAAUGAUCUGAUUGUGUUUUCAUACAACCAGAACUCCAGCUUCUCAGACUGAAACUAGUUAUUUACUUUGGCCCUUACAGUUGAUUAAAACUCAACCCACAUCUUGUUAAGACCCGGAAAUUAAUUGCUGUCCCCUGUAGGGGACAUAAGUCUGAAAUAUCCUUGAUUUCCUCAUAAAUCCUGAGAUAAGGACAUUAAGCUGAAAACAACUCACUCAGUAGUUAUGUCCUCCUGAGACCUGGCUGAAAAAAAGUUUAAGCAUUUACAUUUUUGACAUAAAACAAAUGUCAUGAGUGACAAAAACAUAUUUCAGUGACCAUAUUUUCUGAUAUAUUAUUUCUUUGAAUGUAAUGCCACACUCAUGGGGCACAAAUAAAAUUCAUUUUAGGUGCAUAGAAUUUUCAGGCUCUGGGUUAAUAUGGAACAUUUUCAACUGAACUGUUCUUUUUGCCAUUUCUGGUGACAAGAAGCUGAACUUGCAUAUCUCUUUACACACAGACACUGGUGUUCACAGGAAUGUCCUCUACUCUGCUCUCCCAAUUUUAUGCAUAUCUUGUGCAUCAAACACGUGGACAUAUUCUAGUACUGCCAACACCAAUUUGAAGUGUAGGAUCUUAUCCUUCACCACAACAUUAGGUCCAAAAACCUACUGUAAAUGGAGGAUAGAAAAAAAUGCCUGCAUUUCCUGCUGACAUUCUCUACCAACCUCUCAAUGUCUUAAGUUGAACAACUAUCGUUGUACAUUAUUUUAAACUAACACAUUUAUGUAGAAAAAUGCGUGCGUUUUUUCUCUGUGACAUGUAUCAUAAAGAGCCAAUAUUUGGAUACAAACCGACAGGCUGUAUUAUUUGACGUGCACGUCGUGGGUUAUUUAAAAAAAAAUUUUUUUUUUGGCUGAAUGCGGUUGUCGACUCGUCAACGUUCCAAUUACGUCAUUUUCCAGCGACAGCCACCGAAACACGAGUGCAGUAGCAUCGAUAAUUGCGCUCUAAUUUGAUUACAUGGAUAAAAGUAUUGCAUUUAUGGGAAAAUGUAUUUUUGACAACUGUGUAUGUUUUACAAUGCGUAUGUUCACGUAACAAUUUUACGUUGUUACCGUGCAAGGCAUGCAAACUUCAACUAAAUUUGGUUUAGGUUUUUAGCCGGCACGAAGCAUGUCUACAUGCAAUUCAGUUGACAAGUUAAUGACAGCAAUUUAAUCACUGAUGAGGCAAACAAGGAAGCACUGUUGAGACGCACUGCCCCAGUUGCAUUUGCAUUGCUGCAAUCAUUUGGCUGAAUCGCAUUGGGAAACAAUCAGUGCAUCAUGAACCCAAUACUGCGACAGAAAAUCCCUGCAUGUGUGAGGACACUCUUGACUGACAUUAGACCAAGAGAUGAACAGCACUGUCACAAUGAAGAAAAUGAUGAUAUUGAAACCCUGUCUGUAGAUGGGAUUAAACUGCCUGGGAGAGGAGAUGCAGACUCUGGAGAACUCCUUGCCCCAGCUGGAAUGAGAGAGAAGAGCAAAGAGAGCGACAUGGGUUUGAGAAAAGAAGGCAGGGUAUGUGGAUUGUGCUUAUCCAAACGUGCUUCCUACACCUGCCCACGAUGCAAUGUGCCAUAUUGUGACUUGGCUUGCUAUCGUAGUUCAGCCCAUUCCAUUUGCUCUGAAGAGUUCUACAAGGAGUCUGUGAUUCAGGAGCUGAGAGGGAUGGGGGAAACAGAGGAGGAAGGGAAAAGGAGGAUGCAGGAAAUUCUGGUGAGGCUCAGCAAGGAGGGGGAGAGAAAAGGAGGGACAACAGAGGUGUUUCAACAGAAAGAGGAGGAGGGGGAAGAGGAUGGGGCUUUGGAAAAUGGAGAAAUUUUGGUUCUGCUUUCUAGAUUGGCAGAGAUUCAGUCAUCUGGAGAAGGAGACACAAGGGAGAUACAAGACAUAUUAACAAAACUCAAGGAGAUUGGAGGGAAGGAGGAAGAGAGGGGGCAGACAGAUGAGACUGUAGCAAGUCACAGAGACAAUGAAGAGUUGGAGGAAGAGGAGGAACAGGACUUAGCACAGCGAUUUUCAGGGCUUGAUAUUGAAAGUCUGUCAGAAGAGCAGCUGUGGGCACUUUUGCCACAGCAGGACAAGGAGAGGUUUGAAGGGCUUGUAAAGGGAGGAGCAAUAGGAGGGCUGGUGCCCCUAUGGAGCCCCUGGUGGGAGAGGCACGAGGGAGGAGAAGGUGCACUGGUAGAGCUGUUGGAGGGAGACAGUGAAGAGGGAGAGGGUUUGAGCAGGUCAGGAGAGGUAGUGAAAACUGAGAGUGAGGAGAAAGGAAAAAAGGGAGGUUCAAGAGAGAGGGACAAGAAAAGGGUAAGAGAAGAAGAAGAAGAAGUGGGGCAUGCACAUGGUAAAGGUGAGAAAGGGAAAUUGGGAGGGAACAAAAAUGAAAGCAUUGUGGUACAUGGGAAUGAGGAAGAUGGGAGCACAGCGGGAGAGGGAAAGGGAACAGGACCAUGUGAAAAAGAUGCAUUACAGACACAGCGGGGACUCCAGAAGAGGACGAACUCACCAAGGACAGGGAGCAAGCGCAAAAGUCCAAGCUGUUUGGUACCUCAGGUGAAUAAAAAGAUCCCGCCUCUAAACACCCUCUCGCCACAGGUCUCGCCAUUGGUGCGAUACAGCCUGGUGAACGUGCUGUACGGCUACGCCGCUUCCCUUUCCCUCUUCAAUGGGGACCUCUCAGAACCGGACCUGAUACAGGAGUUCUGUCAGGUGGUGCUGAUUAUGUCAGAGUCUCUGAGCUCCAACAGGGUUUUCAGCACCUUGCAGGAAGCCAUUGAAAUGGGCACCAGAUCGGCGAUGGAGAGCGGGUGUUUUACUCCGGGAGACCUAGGUGCCCAGGCCAGAGCUGUAGAAGCAGUAGCCCACAUUCUGUCUGGGAAGAGUAAGCAGGAUACGGUGGGAUACACACUGGCGGCCCUGUCCCAACUUCAGGCGGUUUUAAGCCAGGCCAGGGGGGCCCUGCCCAAGGAGGGUGAAGGAAGAGAAUUGAGGCGGAAAUAUUUUUUGGCGGGGAAGAAAUGUGAGUUCUUGCAGUCUUGGGUAAAAGACAAUGGUCCAGCAGUGAGACUGUUAGCUGGGCAUGUAUGGACGGAGCACAUGAAGAUGGAGAAGGAGAGGAAGUGUUUAGAUAAAGAGAAGAAAGUAGUAGAGGAAAGCUGGAAGAAAGGGAGAGGAAGAGGGGAAGGGAAAUUGAUUGAAGAGAUGGACUGAGCAUUGUUGUUGAGCACAGAUUGUUUCUUUACAAGGCUGUAGAACACUGAAUCUGUAAAAGAAAGUGUGUGAGUCUAUUAAAAAGAAGCAUUGCAUUUAAAUUGG